AUGGCGGACGCGCCGCCUGAGGUACUCGAGCUGAACGUAGGCGGCGUGCACUAUGCCACUACUCGCGACACGCUGUUGCGCGAGCCGGACUCAUUGCCGGCCGCGGCUUUACGCGACCCCGACCAUCCGCGCGACGCACGCGGCCGCAUUUUCUUCGACCGCGACGGCGUUCUCUUCCGCUACGUCUUAGAUUAUCUUCGUGACGGCGGUCUGGUACUACCGGAAUGUUUUCGUGAACAUAAACGUCUGGCGCGAGAAGCCAGGCAUUAUAGGUUAGUGGGCUUAGAAAAUGCAGUUCGAGACGCUGAUCCGAAACCGCCAAAUCGAGAGCGCGGGUGCAUUACCGUGGGAUACCGUGGAAGCUUUGCUUUCGGCCGUGACGGCCUCGCCGAUGUGAAGUUUCGCAAGUUAUCUCGUAUUCUAGUUUGCGGAAAAGUAACUCUGUGCCGCGAUGUCUUUGGAGAAACGCUGAACGAGUCUAGAGAUCCCGACCACGGACUGGCAGACAGGUACACGUCCCGAUUCUUCUUAAAGCACUCAUUCAUCGAGCAAGCUUUCGAUAAUUUACAAGAGCAAGGCUUCAAGCUGACGGCCAGCUGUGGCAGCGGCACCGCGGGCGGCGCCGCAGAACUCAAGCCCGGAGUAGAUUCUGAGGAAAAUCGCUGGAAUCACUACAACGAAUUUGUUUUCGUACGUGAA